GAGAGUGAGAGAGAGAAAGAGAAAGAGAGCAGGUGGUGCAGAAGACCAAAGCACUGUAUAUAGAACGCUUUUCUGGCCGUGUGUGUGAGUGCAUGUGUGUGUAUAUGUGUGCGGAGUAGCCGUGCAGGAAGGAGCAGGGUGGCACAGCAUAGCAAAGAUGGCAGAGAGCACUGACUUGGAUGAGCUGCUGAAUGCCUUUAAGAGGUUUGCUGUCCAUGGUGACACCAAAGCCUCAGGGAAAGAGAUGAAUGGUAAAAACUGGGCCAAGCUCUGCAAAGACUGCAAAGUCGUUGAUGGCAAAAACAUCAUAAGCACCGAUGUGGAUAUUGUCUUCACUAAAGUCAAAGCAAAGUCGUCUCGGGUCAUCACCUAUGAGGAGUUCCAGAAGGCUCUGGAAGAAUUGGCCCCAAAGAGGUUCAAAGGUCAAAGCAAGGAAGAAGCACUGCAGUCUAUCUAUAAGCUGAUUGAGGGCAAAGAGCCCACCAACGUUGGUGUAACGAAAGUGGCGAAGACCGGAGCAGUGGACAGGCUAACAGACACUUCCAAGUACACGGGCUCCCACAAGGAGCGCUUCGAUGAGAGCGGGAAAGGCAAAGGAAAGAGCGGACGAGAGGAGAUAGUGGAGAACACGGGCUAUGUAGCAGCCUACAAGAACGCAGGGACUUACGAUGAGAAGACCAAGGCCAAGUAAAGUGGCCAGUGGAGCAUGAGAGGAAUGCAGAGCUCCGUUCCCAUCAGCACUUAGACCUGGACCAAAGCCCAACACGAACUCUGUCUCCUGAAGCCUGUGAAUGACAGGAAAUUAUGUAAAGAGUUGUCUCUGAGGACACAGGAUGCAGUCGAAUAGAUGCAUUGAUGCUCAAGGGUUUUUUUUUUUUAGAUGUUUCUGCAGAUUAAGUCAAUCAAAGGUUAAACCAUCUGGUGUUGUAGCCAUAUAAAAUUCAUUUCAGUUCAUAUUUAAGUCAGUGUUUCCUACAUACCACACACUUUCCAUUAUGUUGAUGUCAGCAAAGUGGGCAGAACACAGAGCUCUGUCUGCUAAAUUGGUCAUGCACUAAUUAUAACAUUGUUCAUGCUGCCAGAACUGGCUUUUAAAUGCAGUGGCCUAGACUAGCUCAUGAGUUCAUCAGCAUUUGUUCAUUCUUUAGCAGCCUUAUAUGGUCAAUAGAGGUAGGUCACAGUAACAAAUCAAACAAACUGCUUUAGUGUAGUCUUCUGCAUAGAUGCAGUGAAGGAAAUAGGUGAAUCGUAUCAUUGCUGUUAUUUAAAAACCUUUUAUUGGAAAUUACAAAAACUCAAAUACAAUCAAAUCUGAUUUGGAACACUUCUUUCUUUCCUAUAAAGUUACCCUUUUGGAGCUAUGAGGCUUCGCUUUGACAACGCUGAUAUUAAUAAGAACACUAAGUAUAGCCUAAAGAAAAAUGUAAACCAUUAUUCAUUUGGUCAUUGGAUUUGCAUGUCCUGCUAAAACAGGACUCUGUGUGGACUGUUGCAUUUGACCACAGGGUCUUUGUUUAUAGAAAAGUGCCAAAUUGUCUGGGAGUAGCUGUAUUACUAGGGCAUUUUGGCAAGACGUCUGCUUUUUGAUUAAAAAGAAAAAACAAACAAAAAGCACCAGUGAGAAUGAUGUACAUUUACACAGAUAUCAGCCAAAAGUCUAACCACCUUGUGUUUACAGAUGAGAACAAAGCAAGUGUGCAUUAAAGAAACAUCUACCAGUGGAACCAUUGACCAUAUAGUGGUCAUACUUGGUCCCCAUGUUUUGUACAAAGUGCAAAAACACUGGCAUUUAGUUGCCUUGUUUAGGCUGCGCUCCAAUAAGCGCAUCUAAACAUUAAAUGUACUGUAUAUAUUGACAGAACUGAGAAUAAGAACAGCUCUUUCUCUACUGGCAGAAUAUGCAUCUCAUAAUCACAAUACUUUUACUACCCCCUUUUUUAUGUAUUGAUUAAUCAGAAGUACCAUCUUUGUAUUACAUAGUGUGCAUGGUUUUACGUUUCUCUCCCUUUUUCUUCUGUGUAAUGUCAUCUGUUGAAUCCCAAACUGGAAGAUGAGUGCAUUUACAGUACAUGAAGUUGUAUAAAGUUACUAAAAUGUCAUGUGUGUUACGUUUUGUACUGUUUUGUGCUAUUAUGAUAUUUACAUUAAUGUGAUGAUCAUUUUCCAUAGCUUCUCUCCCUCUUCAAGAAUGCGGCUUGCGAUUUAUUGCAUUUUAUAUUUAUAUUUAACCCCUUAAAAUCCGAGGCUUAUUACAUACAAACUAAAGGGACUUCAAUGUAAACUGGCAGAACUAUUCUUAGGUCACAGAAGUAUGUAAUAAUACAACUAGCCAUUUAAGAGGUUAAUAACAAAUUACAUCAUUUAUUUAGCAAUACUAAACAUGGGGUGCAAUUGUAAUCCCCCUAUUAUAGAUAAUAUUUUUUAUAUACACAUUUUAUUCUUGGCAUUUAACAGACUAUAUAACUUCACUUUUGGCAACUAAGAGGAAGAAUAUAUAUAUAUAUAUAUCACUCAUACAGUCAUACAGAACAAUUA